UUGUUAAAUAAAAAAUUCAGUGAAGAGAAAACUAGCCCUGAAGCUGGCCCAUCAACAGCCGCGGCAGGUGAGCCACCGGCAUCACCGGCUUUAUCUGAACCUAAACCAGUGGAGCGUAGCGUAGAAUUCAGGUCUACGGAAGAUUCCAUGGCAUCUAUGGUCAGAUGUCUUUACUUCGCAGACACUUUCAUUGUAAAUGGUCAUUCUCAUAAUCCAUCUUUGUGGGUAGGAACAAAUGGGGGUCAUGUAUUUGUUUAUAAUGUAACAGUCCCGAGUGGGUGAGAAACGUAACGAAGACUCUGUAACUUGUUAUACUAGCUAAGGAAAUAAAAUUGCGGCACCACGCUCCAGUUUAUUUCUAUUGGAGUUGUGAUGGUAAAUCUAGGAUACUGCCUGAAUCACUGGAAGUACAACAUGAGCGAGCUAAAGCACCAGAUAUGUCUUCACAUCAUUCCGUUAUCAUCUGUUCAGAGGAGCAACUUAAGAUAUUCACCUUGCCACAAUUGAAAGCUAAAUGGAAGUUUAAGCUAACAGCCGUAGAUGGUUCAAGAAUACGUAAAGUAGCUUUUGUUAACUUCCGCAGCCGGUCAGAUGAAAACUAUUCUGAGAAUGACAUAGCAUGUUUAAGUAACCUUGGUGAACUGAGUGUUUAUUCUGUUUCUACAUUGAGACAACAGAUGCAGGCCUCAGCCAUCAGAAGGGAAGAUAUUAAUGGCAUCACCUCAUUCAUCUUCACAAGAUAUGGCCAGGGUUUCUUCCUCCUAACAUCAUCUGAAUACCAAAGGAUAUCACUGUCGGCACGCACACAGGGAGAGCCAACAUGCACCUUAGAACUUGCAGAAGGUAUGAGGCCCGAGCCUCCACCAGAACCCGAAACAGAAACAGAGCCAGAGGCUGGAGCCGAGGGUGGUGAGGAACAACAAGCCAAAGAAGGAGAAGGGGAAGCAACUCAAGGAGAACAGUAUGAUUAUGAGAUAUAUCGAGGCACUAAAUGA